GUGCGUCAUCUUGUUAUCUGCGGCAAACAACGGCUUGGCGGUCGGCUUAGUUGUUAAUUAUAUAUCUUUUUUGUACCGUUACCGGCAAAAGUAAUUGCAAAAGUUUGGAACUCCUAAUGAAACACAAGAUAAUGUAUUUUCAAUUCUAUUGGAAUAAAUAGCUUAUUUUCUAAGAAUUUCUGGAACAAUAAUUGAACCAUUGCAACGAAUCAUUAAACUCAAAUCACAAUGUCGGGGAAAGCAUAUACAAUGAGGGAAAUGAAGACAAUAGUAGAAUAUCUGGUAGAACAUAAAGCAUACAAUGAAAUAAGAGGCAGAAAAAUGUGGAUGGACUUUGCGAAUGCUAAGGCUUUGAAUAGAACAUGGCAAAGUCUCAAAGAAACAUUCUUGAAGAGGAUCUUACCUGAUAUUCACAAUCCAUAUUAUAAAUUGAACAUUACUCAAAUUGCUAGUUUUAGACAAGGAUGUGAUGUGGAAUCAAAACUGAAUAAUAAGCUUGAUAUUGAGCUGGUGGAUAAAGACAUUGAUAAUGAAAAUGGUCAUCCUAAGGCGAAUGAUGAAAAAGUUAUAAUUGAUGACGAUAAAGAAAAAGAAGAAGCACCAGGUGAGGCUUCUAAAAUUUCAAAAUCAGUAGCAGAUAGAACAUCCACAGAUACUCUUGUAUUAGAGAAUUGCUAUGAAACUGCUGAGGACAUACAAAAAGAACUUGAACAUUCUGACCAAGACCAUGAUAAAGAAGAAGAACCAACAUCAACAGCUAAAAAUAAUACAGAGGAUUUAAUUCAGGGAGUUAUUAAUGAUUUUCAAUCAGAUGAGGACAAUGUUGAUGAACUGAAGCAAACCAAAAAAAAGAAGGAUACAGCUAAUCUUGAAGAUAGAGCUAAUCUGAACGGUGUGGACAGAAAAGAUCAAUCUCCAAUUGAGAUAUCAGAUUCAGAAGAUAAGGAUAACAAUUUAAAAAUUGAUGAAGAUGCUGGUAAUGAAAGUCCAGCUUCACUAAAAAUUGUGGAAGAUGUGUUGGAUAAAAAUUUGUUAGAUAAUGAAGUAUCAGAUGAAAAUCUGAAAAACACCUCAGAUUCAAUUUUAAGUGGAAAUAAAGAAGCAAGUGAUGAUAGAAAGGGACAGAUUAAUAAAGACCAAAUUGCAAAGGAGAAAAAUGAUACUGGAAGAAUUUCAGGAAACAUUACUAAUACUACAGUUGAUACACAACUGCCAAACAAUCCAGAAGAAUUUGAUAAAAAUUGUAGUAAGGAUAACCCAGCAGAUAGAGGCAAAGUGCAGAAACUAUCACUGAAAAGUCAUAAUAAACAAAACAAAAAGAGGGCAACCUCUCAAGAAGCUCCUAAAGUUAAACGCAAAAAGCUGGAACAACAGAUGUCAGUGUCAGAUACAGAUGCAGUAACGAAUACCGAAAAAAAAGCACGAAAAAACAUCAUGCCAAAGAAGAACAGCAAUACAGCAAUAGAAGAACAAAUUGUAAAUAAUGAUGCACAAAUUGUAAACCUCGAUUCAGUUUCUGAAGAAAAAACUAAAAGUGAUGCUGAAAAAAUCGAAAAUAACUCCAGUAAAGUUGAAACUAACAUUGAAUCUGAAAAAACAAGUGGGAGAAAUGAAAACUCGUAUGCAAAACAAUUGUCCUACACAAUCUAUAGUGAUUCCGGUAACAGCAUUGACCACACCGACACAAGCAAGCAGCAGACAAGAACCAGUAAUGUUGAAGAAGCACAGACAUCUAAAACUGAACAAGUGUUACAUUCGGAUUCAAGUAUUGAUGAAGUGCAAUUGAAAAAUAAAUCGGCCCUACGACUAAUAGAGAAGAAACAUCGAAAUAAUGCACUAUCCCAUGCGCUUGGAUUUUCUCAUGAUAUCAUCUCUAGCCGAAAAAGGCGUAGAAGUUAUAAUAGAAAACGAUCAACCUCUCGACACAAAACACUACACAUAUCAUCAGGCACUAGUGACUACACUUCAGACACUAUGUCAGAAUUUAUUUCACCACCAAGGGGCAGAAAGAAUAGAGGAACCAGGAAAUAUCUAAAACCAAAAUCUGCGCGGAUAUUGUCUUUGGAAGAAGAAGGCGGUUUAUUUGUUAUGCAUGGCAAGAAAAUAUACCCACUUGUUAAAGAUGGCAAGAUCCUUAAGAACUAUCUCACAUACACACCUGAUGAUGAAUCCGAUAAAGAAGAAUCUUUCUGGAAGCUAAAGUAUGUUGAGGAAAAGAAAAAGGCAGAUCAACUUGCCAAAUUAUUGAAACAAGCCACAAAUUCGAAUAAAGCAAUAGAAGAUGGCAGUGUUGUGGAGAAAAAGGAAUUAAAAGCUCAACAGACAUCCCCCAAAAAAGUUCAGCAUGAAGAGGCUGUAGCGACGACAUCAGAGAUUAAAGUGCCGGACGAUAAACAAGAAAAUACCGUCAAGAUUAAGUUUACAAAGAAUAAUGAGGAGGUGCAACUAGAAGGUCACUGGACGCACAUAAACCCAGUACUGGAACAGGUGGUGCAGAUGUUUAAUAAGAACAGCAAGGAUGAAGACAAAAAGUCGCCAGGUUGUUCGGCCGCGCAGAGGCUUUCCACCCCUGAAGCUAUUGUGGUCAGCGGAGUGUCUACGCCCGUGGUUAGGAAUGAUAAUGGUACAAAUAGAGUUAAUGAAAUAGAAAGUGAAAUAUUCAAACAAAUAGAAGAAAUUGAUAAAGCAGAGGCCGCUGACACUGAUCUGAAACCCACUCAAGAUGUUGCUAGGAGACGAGGUGGUAGACCCAGGAAGAACCCGGCACCAAUAGAAAAAUCAACAGAAAGCCCAAAAAAAGCAAAACUUUCUGUUGAAACUGAGAAAAAGACUGAAAGUAAGCCAGACGCUCCAGGCACUGGAGUCACCACUCGGCGCAGCACUAGGACACCUAAAAAAGUGCUAAAUGAAAAUACGGAAAAGAACAUAGUGAUCAAUAGAAAAUCAUCGCCUCGUAAGGCAAAAGACGCGAAUCGGACUGAAGACCCGGAUGACGGCGUCAAAUACAAGUUCCCGUCGCCCGGCGCGCCCCGCGCCCGGAGCACGAGGAGAGCCCGGAACAGUUAGUAAGUAACACUUCCCUCGCGUACACUCAAAUGUUACUCAGUUUUGAAAGGCACUCAAAUAAUAAGUGGCACUUUAUUUUGGUACGGAAGUGAUGUGAUCGAACAUUACGGUCAAAAUCAUCAGCCUAUUUUGUUUCCAAUGCAGAGAUACAGGAAUAUUGUUUAAAACUGACCCUAAAUUAAAAACGUUCUAUUGUUAUUUAUGUCAAUAAAUAGUUCACAUGUUGCGUUUAUCAAAGCAAUCGAUUCACAUUCAGUGUGUAUGUUUUGUAGUAAAUUCUCGUUGUGAUCUGUA